CAGUGAGACCAGGCGGAAUGUGAUGCAGCAAGCUAGCUGUCGUUCAGUGAACAGUUGGUGCUUUUUAUUCUCACCGGAGAGAAAACAGCUGAUUGAAAGCUUAACGUCUGAGUCUAUGUAGCAGAGUGACUCUGAAAUAUUAAUUGCGUUUCUUUUUCUCUCUAAAUGAUGUGGUUAUAAUGAGGUGAGGAUGGCCAAGCGACCCGGGACGGACGACAGGAUGUUGACUUCGCCGACCAAUGCGACCAUACUUCGGGAUUCUUCCGAUUUGAACACCGGGGACGUGAACAUGGACUGCAGCGACGGAGCCGCGGAGGUCUCAUUGGAAGAAAUCCUGAAACUGUACAGCCAGCCGAUAAACGAGGAACAGGCAUGGGCGGUGUGUUAUCAAUGUUGUCGGACUUUAGCGCAGAAAUCUCGGAGGAAAAGCUCCAAGUCUUCCGGUGCUUCAGCCGUCGACUAUCCGAGGAGGAUUGAGGGACCCGGGGAUGUGAGGAUCGGGAGAGACGGGACUGUGAAACUGCACUUUGAAGACUGCACAGAUAAAUACCAACCUGCCCCCACAUCAUUAGAGGUUAUUGACUCACUCGGUGUCAUGAUUUACAAAGCUCUGGACUUUGGCCUCAAAGAAAACGAGGAGCGUGAACUCAGCCCGCCGCUGGAGCGCCUGAUCGACAUGAUGACCAACACAGAAGAAACCGAGAGUGACCCCUGUCCUGACGAGGGCUACGAAGCCACAGAGGAGGAAGAUGAGUGCGAGGAGGAGGAAGAAGAGGAGCCCGUCUCUGCCACCACCACUUCAGUCACCAGCAUUCGCAGCUAUCGAGACCUCAUCACGCUAUGUUCUUCCCACCUGCCCAGCCCAUCAGACGCCCCCAGCCAUUACCAGGCUGUGUGUCGUGCUCUCUAUGCCGAAACCAGGGAACUACACACCUUUCUGGAGAAGAUAAAGAGUGCCAAGGAGAACCUUCGAAAAAUGGAGGGCAGUACUCGAGGGGAACCUGUUAAAGACCUCGAUGAGCUGCAAAAUGCAGAUUGGGCACGGUUCUGGGUGCAGGUGAUGCGAGAUCUACGAGAUGGUGUUAAAUUAAAGAAGGUUCAGGAGCGUCAGUAUAACCCAUUACCCAUAGAAUACCAGCUGACACCGUACGAAAUGCUGAUGGACGACAUCCGCUCCAAACGUUACAAGCUGCGAAAAGUCAUGGUGAAUGGAGACAUCCCGCCAAAGUUAAAGAAGAGUGCACAUGAGAUCAUUCUUGAAUUCAUCAGGUCGCGACCGCCUCUCAACCCUGUUGCAGCCCGUAAACUGAAACCCCACCCACCACGUCCCCGGAGCCUCCACGAGCGACUGCUGGAGGGCAUCAAAGCUGAAAGGAAGCUCAGGCCGGUCUCACCGGACAUGAUCCGCAGAAGCCGCCUAGUCAUGCGACCUCUUAGCAUGUCUUACAGCUUUGACUCAUCAGGUGCAGGGAAAAGCAUCAGCACUCCUCAGGACUUGUUCCGCAGUUCAGACACUCCAGAUGCGCCCAGGAAAUUAGCCAUCAGCACCCAGUCUCUGGCCAUUGGCACCCUGGGAGCCAAUCAAGGUGGAGCGCCGCCCCUUAGCCAGAGGAAGAGGCUGCUCAAAGCGCCCCCGCUGGCUGAGUUGGACAGCUCCGAAUCUGAUGAGGAGCCCACACAGAGCAGCUCCAGUAUGUCCACGUCUUUGAUGGAGGACACGUCACCCGAGUCUGUCACAGAGAAGAAGGCUCCUCCAAAGUUCCUGCCUGUCUCUGCCAUGCCACAGCCAGACAAGCGUCAGUCUCCACAGAGGUGGCACUCUAUCGAGAAGGAGGCCCCCACCUGCGUCUGCCCCUUUGUACCUCCAUCCAGACAGAGCUCCAAGUCUUUGCUGAUGGCGGAUCCCAGCACCAAGGUGGAAGCCGCCAGUGGUGAUCAGGGCACGGAGGAGUUCUGCUAUCCGGUGGAGUGUCUGGCUCUGACUGUGGAGGAGGUGAUGCACAUCAGACAGGUUCUGGUCAAGGCCGAGCUGGAGAAGUUUCAGCAGUACAAAGAGAUUUACACCGCCCUCAAGAAAGGAAAGGUUUGCUUCUCAUGUCGGAUGAAGAAGUUCUCUCUCUUUACCUGGUCCUACACCUGCCAGUUCUGCAAAAGGCCUGUGUGUUCCCAGUGCUCUAAAAAGAUGCGACUGCCACCUAAGCCCUACUCCACCUUGCCCAUUUAUUCUUUGGGCCCCAGUGCUGUGGCUAAAGAAGAGGCAAGUGGAGCGUUUGCCCCUGCCGAGCCAGAAAAGCACCCAUUUGGGUCUGGACACAGCAGACACAGCCAACGCAGAAGUGUUUACAAGUCAUCUAAGCAUAGCAGCAGUAGUAGCAGCAAAGAUUGCCGGUCACAGGACGAGCCAGAGCUGCCAAAGGAGUUUACUGAGGACUGGGUCACCAUGGAGAUCUGCGUAGACUGCAAAAAGUUCAUCAUGGAGAUCAUCUCCUCCAGCAAGCGCAGCCUGUGCGUGGCCACCAAACGUGCCCGUCUCAAUCGCAAAACCCAAUCCUUCUACAUGUCCUCGUCUAACUCGGUCAACUUCAGGCCGUCUGAACGCGCCAUCAAUGAGGUGUAGAAAGCGGGACUGCCCUGUGCACUUUUCUUCACGCCUCUCCCAGAGGUUAGUUCUUCAAUGAAGAAGAAACAACCUUUAAUGAAGCCAGUCCAUCCCACCCCAAAGUUAGUAAAGGUUAUUAUACUUUACCCCAUCUCAGGAAAAGUUGGCACGCUAUGAUUGGUCAUGCCUGGUCAGGACUGUAUCAGAGCUGCCAGAUAACAAAGGAGAGCCAUGUUUCUAUAAGUCAGUGAUCUUCAGGACACAGUGGGUAAAAUAGUUAAAUUAAAGUGUGAACCAGAUAAGAAUGUAUAUUUGACACGAGCGUGAUCAGAUGAUACAGAAAGCCAAAAGCAGCAGUGAUAAUGUGUAAAUAGUAUAACGGCCCAUCCCUAAUCUUAGCUAAUAAAUGCGUUUUCUAGUUCCUGUUUACUUCUAGCACUCAGGAUGAACAACAGAUUGUCUUUUGACAGAAAUGCACUGUAGAUCCUCCUGUCAGUUUUUUUUGAGGUAGACCUCUGCCACUCCCCUGCCCUCGCUCUUAUUCUUCCAGCAACAAUUAUGCCAAAUGUUACAUCAUUCAUUUUUUAGCCAGUUUAAGUGCAUAUUUACUGUUCUCUCAUGUUGUAGGGAUGACAAGUUGAAGGGGAGAAUAGUCAUAUUAUUUUUCUGGGUGGGGUUUUAGCUAUGAGUUUUAAUGUAUAUUCAAUUCUGUGCCUGGUGCCAAAAUGUAAUUUCUUUCUUUGAAUGCCUUUUGUAGUUAUGGACCUAUUGUACAUAUGUGUGAUAAACUUAAUGGGGGACCUUUUUAGGGUAAUCCAAGGUUUCUGGCCCUUUCCAUGUUAAAAGCUAGGCAACAGAAGCACAGAAAUGUAGGGUUAUGAAUGUGUACAUGCUGUAUAUCUUAAUUGUUCUAAAUUUAAUAUAAAAGACUUAACUCCAGUAGUAUAAUUUUACCAUGUUUUAGGAUUUAUGCCUCUGGAGUUUAUUUGAAAUUCUUCUCUGAAACCUUUAUUAUUACUGUUAUGUUUGUGUCAAUAUUAAAAUUUUAUUUCUAUUGUAUAGUUUAUAAACUCCUCAGUGUUAAAAUACUCCUCUAAAUCGCACUUUUGUUGGACCAGUUUAUUGUUAAUGUUGGGUUCUUGUCUUAUUAAUAAUUAAAAUCUUGUUUUUCACCUCUUGGGGGGUCCAUAGUGCCAUUUCCCAGAGUUCCCCAUGAAUGAAAAUGUGUUUGGAUGGCUGCAGAUUUUUUGUGUGAGAAUGGAAUAAUGGCCAAAACUAAACACUCCAUUCACUGAAUGUAGGCAAGUAUAUAACUGUCAUUGAAUAUGCUUUAUGAACGUGUUUAUAUAUACAUACAUAUAUACACACACACACGUGUGCAUAUAGUGUGUUUUGUGACCGUUACCAAAUGAAUACGAAGCCUAACCAGCUUGUUCAAUAACGAUGCCAUGUGCCAGUGAAACCGUACAUCUGACCAGUUUUAUUUUAGACCUCUGUAAGGAAGGAAUGUAUGCAUGCUGUACUGUGAUCUGUUUGUUUUUAUCAAAAGAAUUCUAAUAAAACCAUCAUGAUUCAUA